AUGCAGUUAUAAAAAACUGUAUAGAACAAUUUAGUCUAAUUUCAUAAGGAUAAUAACUCAAAUAUUCACGCCUACUAACAUUUCCUAGAUAUAGAUAUAUUUGAAAUCUUGAGACUAAAUAAAAACAUAUAAAAAUUUUAAAAUAUAUGGAACAAUCGGACAAUAGAAACCAACAAAAAUUGCUGUAAAGCUAGAAUUGUUCCACUAAUAAAGUUUUUUCCAGAUAUCCCUAAUAAAUCAUAGUUAAUACCUAUAAAAAUUUUGAGUUCCCUUUUUAAAUUCUUGGAAUUGAGAUUUCUACCAAAGCUCCAAAUGUAUUGAAUUUAAUCAUUAUUAAAGGAACAAACAGGAUUCAUACCAUAUUCUUUCAACUCUACUAAACAUCAUCAAUCUACUAAACAAAAUAAAUGGUUUUAAAAAGGAAGAUAAGAUGGAAGGCGUAUUUAUUGGCUUGAGUAAUGUAUUUAAUAUUAUCGAUAGGGAGAAGCUUUUUAAUAUAUUGA